AUGGUUCGCAACAAAGACAUAAACGCCCUCGACGUUGAGGCUGUUCGCAAACAAUUUCCGGGUCUUGAGACGGGCGAAGUCUGCAUGAACAAUGGCUCCGGUGCUUUAGUAUACAAGGGCGCCAUCGAGAGUAUCGUUCGGACGAUGUCUGCACCUCAUAUGAACCUCCGUGGUUUGGACUCGAAAAGCUUGGUUGAUGUUACAGAACGAUCUGCCCAAUACAGAAAACUUGCUUCUUUUAUGAAUGCACACCCUGACGAGAUAGCGUUUGGACCCUCCACAACGGGUCUCUCGCGGAAUCUAGCCGCAUCACUCCUCCCAAAUCUCAACGCAGAUUCGGAGAUUAUCAUGUCCGUGCUCUGUCAUGAGGCUGACGUAACUGCCUGGAUUGGCUUGGCUAAAACCCUGGGAAUCUCCAUCAAGUGGUGGAUUCCAGCUGGGGGCAUGGGAAACAACAAAGAUCCCAAGCUCAGCCUAGAAACCCUUCGGCCUCUCCUGUCCCCUAAAACCCGUCUAGUAUGCUGUGGACAUGUGUCAAAUAUUACCGGAACCAUUGAAAAUGUCAGAGAGAUUGCAGAUCUUGUUCAUACAGUCCCUGACGCAUUAAUAUUGGUAGAUGGGGUGGCGUGGGCUCCUCAUCGCCCUAUCGAUGUGAAACGACUCGGUGUUGAUUUUUAUGUGUUUAGCUGGUACAAGGCGUUUGGUCCUCAUAUUGCGCAGAUUUAUGCUCGCCUUGAAGUUCAGAAACGUCAUCUCACAAGCCUCAACCACUACUUUUUUGACCCGGUCGCUCUGCGUGUGCGCCUGGGACUGGGUAACAGCUGCAUUGAACUCGAACAUGCCGUCACUCCAAUUAUCGACUAUCUCUCUAAUGGUAUCGGUUGGGACUCUAUCAUCGCUCAUGAAGAACUUAUCACAGCUGAGAUCCUUGGGUACUUGACGGCAAAUCCGGAUCUCUACACCGUGUACGGCUCUCACUCUGCAGACCCCAAUUUUCGGGUCUCCUUGAUCAGUUUUACCGUGAACGGUAUCGCUUCCGACAAGGUCGCCGAAGCAAUUCACGAAACGUCAAAUUUCAGGCUCAUAACAGGUGACUGUUGGUCUCCUCGGACUGUUUAUGAUGUUUUAGGACUGCCGGAGUAUGGUGUCAUUCGAACAAGCCUGGUCCAUUAUAACACAGUGGAUGAGAUGAAAGCAUUUAUACAGAAGCUGGAUGAGGUGUGGUCACAGAUCCGGGAAGCCGGCUUUUUGUAG